AUGCCUAACGUACUGACCAAGUUGGCACCAAAAGUGACCUUUAUUGAAUCGAUGCCCGAGGAGUUCAAAAACAAGGACUACUCCAACGCCCGACACAUCUCAGGCCUGACCCACGAGAUGCUCAUGUCGUUUGAGAUCCGGGGUCUCGUCGAGGAGAGGAUUGUGCGCAUUCCUCAUCACUCGAACACUUUGGCCGACACUAACCUAAUGCUGAGCGAAGCGUUUGGCAAACCAGUGGUCGACAGCGUAGACAUCACCGGCUUUCAGGAGAUGUGCUUUACAACUAAAAACCCGCUGUAUUUUUACAGCAUUAACUAUUGGGCAAUAUUUGCUUUUAUGCUCGACGAUUACCUGGAUCAAAUUAUGGUGGGCGACGGCGCGGGCAGACAUGUUAUAUGCGAGUGGCAGAAGAAGUAUUUGUUGGGCGAAAGUGACGGCACAACUGGUUUUGACAAAAUGCUCGUCAAAUCUAUGAAACUAAAUAAACAAAUGCUAAGACCAGACCUGUAUGUAAGACAUGUGAUGUAUGCCGUGGGUUGGAUCGGCACAUACCUGACCGCCAAUCAGACAAAGUUUAAUAACAAACUUAUGACUUAUGAAGAGUAUUGGUAUCAGAGGUAG